GUAAGCUACGCUACGGGCCACGUGCGACUCGACAAGUUGCGCUUAGUUCUUCGUGAACUGUGUGGGAGGUUAGUCCGCUACAUGAAUAUAAUGUUCCGUCAAUGUCACACGUUAUGAGCGUACGCGUAACGUUUUUCGCUUUACGGGAGUGACGCGAGUGAGUUACAGGUGAGUUUGACUCGAAACCGACUCGAGACCGACCGCGGUGAUGUGCCGGUUGUGAGUGUUUUUAUCACGUAAAUGGACCAAUAUUUUGGAGAAAUGCUGUAAGAUCAAAGGGAUGGAUCAACGCCCGCAAUUUCCGCAAACCAUGAAGUGUUUACGGUACCACUGGCUGCUGCUGCCGCUCUUAACGACCCUGUGCUCGGCUAACGACGGAUUGUUUGGCUCCAAAUUCCAAAGCGAUGUUCCCGAAUACGACCUGCUGCACGCUAUCGGCGUUCCUUUCAGCAACCCAAAGACCCAAUACUUCGACGAAGGCCUUGACGGCUUCCCUGCCUAUGGUCUACGACCAGGCUCAGACAUCAAGUCUCCAUACCGCCUCUUCAUGCCUGAGAAGCUUUACCCCGAAUUUUCUAUCACUGCUACUGUCAGACCAGCGAACAAAGAUGGCGGAUUUUUAUUCUCUGUAGUCAAUCCAUUAGAAACGGUUGUCCAAUUGGGGGUUCAACUGAUCCCUUCAGGUCCUGGUCUGACCAAUAUAUCCUUACUGUAUACCGACGCAAAUAUUUACGCUCUUUCCCAAACCAUCGCGUCGUUUGUAGUGCCAUCUUUUGCCAAGAAGUGGAGUCGUUUCGCGAUGAGGGUCACAACCGACAAUGUGACGUUGUUCCUGAACUGUCACGAAUUCGACACGGUUGCUGUGAAGAGGAAUCCACUGGAGCUGGUCUUUGAUUCAGCUUCUACGCUGUAUGUUGGACAAGCUGGACCACUCAUCAGGGGAGCUUUUCAUGUAAGUACUUAG